AGGCGACGAACCUCGAUCAGAGAACUUUGACUAUGUGUAUUGCAUCCCCUAUAAAAGGGGCGAGACCCCUCAUUGUAAUGGACCGAAGUUUAGAAUGAAUAAACUCCUACUUUGCAUUCUCUCUCUCUAAAAACUUACUCCGUAUAUUAUUUUAUACUCUCGGUGGUUUAUAGCCAUCAAAUUAGUGCUCUCAUUGAGAGGAGAGGAACAUACUCGUAGGUUAACUCCCAAACGCGAGAAUGGUGCAAACAAGGAGCAACGUCCCCACCACCAGCCACGUAGUUGGCGAGGAGAACGCACCGGGCAGCGGCAACGGUACGGGAGGUAUCGGCUCGACUCCGGACGCGGUCCAGGCGCUGUUCGGCUUGGGGGUGACCGCGGAGCAGCUCCAGGCGGCCGUUGCGGCACUUUCCGCCUUGGGUGGGAACGUGCCCAGCGCCGGGGCUAGCAAAGCUCCGCUCGGCUACCACGCCGAACACGCUGCCACUUCCCAACACAAGGGGAAGAAGACCCGGAGGAGCAGAAGGAGGCCCGGCAAGGCCCUGGCGAUCGAGGAGGUGGUUGUGGAGGACGUCCCGGAGGAGGAGGACGAUGAGUCCAGUGAGUGCCGAGUGUCAGCCUUCAGACGCUUAGGAGGGGAAGAGACCCGGGUGUCGGCCUUCGACAGGCUCGACCGCGGACCGGAAGUUCGCCCGAGAGACCUCCGCCGACAAAUAACCGAAGGCAGGCGGAGGCAUGCUGAGGAGUCCGCGACAUCAGAUGCUCGCUCGGCGAGGCCCGAACGGAGCGGAGAAAGGCGUGACGAGCGCACCCAGCAUCGCCAUAGCCCGACGAGAACUGAGAAGACGAAGGUCUCUGACCAAGGGGUAUCUCGGCUCGCUCGUGAGAUUGCCGAGCUCAAGCACCGAGUGGAGACCAGGGCUCCCUACAGCCAGCCUAUCUUGCGGACGGUGACCCCGUUCACUCCGAGGGUCAUGUCGAUUCCACUGCCGGCAAACUUUCGUCCGUGGCAGAUCAAGGCCUACAACGGAACGACGGACCCCCAAGAUCAUUUGUCUAAGUUCUACGCUUCUAUGGAAGCGGCAGCAGCCCCGGACGAGGUCAAGUGCCGAUGCUUUCUCGCGAUGCUAGAGGGCUCCGCGUGCGAUUGGUUCAACCGGCUCCCGAAGGGAACCAUUGACGAUUGGGAUAUGCUAGCGGAGAAGUUCUUGACGCAUUUCGCGGCCAACCGAAGGCAGAGGCUACCUUACUCCCACCUACUCAACAUAUGCAUCCGCAAGGGAGAGAAGGUCUGCGACUUUAUAGUCCGGUGGGAGAAGGAAGCCAGAGACGUUCACGGGGCAGAUGACCAAGCGUUGGUGGCCAUGUUCCAAGCAGCCCUUCCCCGCGGAGAGCGACUCAUCGCCCGAGGGCCGGCUCCGCGAGACGAUGGAGCAGCUCCUUCCCGGGGUCCGCCGGAAGGAAGAACGUUGAGGAAGCCGACCGAGCCAGUCGCGGUGGCCACACAUGCGAGGAACCCCGAGAAGAGGCACAUUGGGCAAGAGUGUGAUGAUCUAGACGAGGACGAAGCCCAAGGAUAUCCGGUGGGAUUCAUCCACGGAGGAAAUAUCGGCGGGGACUCCGCCGCUCAAAGGAAGAGGUGGAAGCACAUGGCCUUCGUCGCCAAGGUCCAACAGGCGCCGGCGCCCAAGCUCGGAAGACGAGAGCAAAUCCAAUUCACGGAGAAGGAUCUUCCAAACACGCCGAGCCCCCACCGGGAUGCCUUAGUCGUGAGGAUAGAGAUCAACAACGCCAUAGUGCACCGCACCUUGGUGGACACGGGAAGCUCGGUCAACAUAAUGUAUGAGAAGACCUUUCAAGACCUCGGCUUGGACCGCAAAGACUUAAGGCCCGUGCGCACUCCUCUCUCCGGGUUCACGGGGGACUCCGUCGAGGCCGAAGGAGUCAUCACCGUGCCCGUGAUAGUAGGGGAUGGUGCGCACAAGGCCAAGUUGAAGAUGGAGUUCAUGGUUGUGAGCAUCAGCUGCGCGCACAACAUGAUCCUAGGACGGCACGGCCUUGAGGACUUGGAAUGUGUGAUCUCCCCAUACUACUUGUGCAUGAAGUUCCCCACUCCUUCGGGAAUCGAGGUGGCGAGGGGAGACCAAAAGUUAGCUCUAUCGUGCUAUGUCCGAAUCACAAAGAAGUUGCCAAGAGAUGAGACGUUGGUCGUGCAUGCACAAGAGGAAAUGCGGAAGCUGGAGGCACAGCCGAAGGCCGAGCCCGCCGAGGAGGUCGAGGAGGUGCCGCUCGAUCCUCGGACACCCGAGCGGAAGGUGAAGGUCGUGGCGAGCCUAACCUGGAGCCAGCGGAGGCGCUUGGUGGAUGUGCUCGCCGCCUACCGCGUGAUCUUCGCGUGGGGACCCGGGGAUAUGCCGGGGGUGGACCCCAAAGUCAUAUGUCACCGCUUGGGAGUCAACCCGGAGUCUAGGCCGGUGAAGUACUCAAUAGCCGAAAAGCCGGUUCUGGCCGUGGUUUCAACCGUGCAACGGCUGACUCCCUACUUCCAAACUCACCCGGUUCAAGUGCUCUCCCAACAGCCCAUAGGUGCGCUGCUCAGGAGCCCGAACGCGCCCUCCCGCAUGUCCAAGUGGGCGGUAUUCCUUGGAGCCUUCCAAAUCGAGUUCAAACCAAGGCCAGCGAUCAAGGGCCAAGCACUAGCUGACUUCGUGGUGGAGUGCACCGCUCGGGAGGAGCCGAGCCCAGAACUUGAAACCGAUGACUGGUGGAUAGUUUUUAGCGACGGCUCCUCCGCCGCCAAAAACUCGGGGGGUGGAGUGGUAGUCAUCGCGCCCGAAGGCUUCAGAGCAUAUUACUCAAUUCGAUUCGGUUUCAAGGCAUCAAACAAUGAGGCGGAAUAUGAAGCGCUCAUGUGCGGACUACGCCUAGCAACCGGGAUGAACGCGACAAAGCUAAGGCUAAAGUGUGACUCAAAGCUAGUGGUCGGCCACGUCUCGAGGGAGUUCGAGGCGAAGGAUGAAAGAAUGAAGAAAUACAGAGAUACCGCCCUAGAAUUACUCAAGAGCUUCACCGCGUAUAGUGUUGAGCAGAUCCCUCGGGCGGAGAAUGCCGAGGCGGAUAUCUUUGAUCUGUGCUCGGCAAGAGAUUGGAUGGACGACAUAGUCGCCUUCCUGAAGGAUGGCGCCCUCCCGGACGAUGCAAUAAAUGCCAAGUUGGUCCGGACUAGGGCACCUGAGUACACUUUGGAGGGCGAAAAUCUAUACAAGCGAGCGUACAACGGCACGCUACUCAGGUGCCUCCGACCAGCUGAAGCGGAGCAAGUCAUAGAGGAGGUGCACGCGGGGAUCUACUCCGCCCACCAAGGAGCCUACGCGGUGUCAAGGAAGAUAACCCUUCAAGGAUAUUUUUGGCCAACAAUUGUUAAGGAUUGCGCGGAGUUUGUGAGAAAGUGCAAGGUGUGCCAAGAGUUCCAGAAGGUACCGGGGAGGCCUUCAACAAACUAUACCCCCAUCAGCAAAGCUAUCCCGUUCGCGCGGUGGGGGGUGGACCUCGUGGGCGCACUUCCUAGAGGUACCGGGAACGUAAGGUACAUCAUUGUAGCCAUUGACUAUUUUACUAAGUGGUUGGAAGCAGCCCCAUUGGCAAGCAUCACCGGAGCUCAAUGCCAGAAGUUUCUCGCAAAGCAGGUCAUUUGCCGCUUCGGCGUUCCCGAACACAUAAUCACAGACAAUGGGACACAAUUUGAGUCAAAGCCGUUCAACGCCUUCCUCGAGAGUUGGGGGAUCAAGCACAGCUAUGCGUCGGUCGGGUACCCUCAGACAAAUGGUCAGGUCGAGAACGCCAACCGAACGAUAAUUGAUGGUCUGAAGCGGAAAUUGGAAGCUUGUGGAGGGGAGUGGGCAGAUGAGCUGCCCUACAUCCUAUGGACCUACCGAACCACGCCUAGGAGGGCGACCGGGGAAACCCCCUUCGCCUUGUGCUACGGAUUCGAGGCGAGGGCUCCUGCGGAGAUCUCCAUCGCUACUCACCGGGAGGGAAUCUUCGACCCUGAGCGUAACGAAGAAGCCCUGGCAGCCGAGCUUCAUCUCGUACACGAGAGGAGGGAAGCGGCCUUCAUACGGGCAGAAAAUUACCGAAGGAAGGUGAAGAGCUACCAUGACGGGCGUGUGCGCGCACGGGGGUUCACCGAAGGAGACUGGGUGUUGCGCAAGAGGACCGUAAGCCGUCCCCUAGAAGGUGGAAAAUUUGCCAAGAAUUACGAAGGUCCUUAUAUCAUCAAAGAUGUGGUAGGCCCCUCGACGUUCCGCCUGCAGAUACCGAGCGGAGGGGAUGUGCCCAGGACUUGGAAUGCCGAGAACUUAGUCAAAUUUUAUCAGUAGAUUACCGAUGUACACGGGCCCCAGAAAGGGACCCGCAAAACUCCUUGAUUGAAUUGAAUGAAAUGAUUUUUCUUUGCAAACAAGGUCCAACAGCCUGCUCGGCAGACCAUGUCCGGAUGCUCUUCCCGGAUAAAGGUCUAAUCUUCGU